GUAAGUGAGUGUGUUUAAGUGAGAUCUCAUAUCUGGCAACCCGUCGGCUAAUUGCCCCCCUUGAGCUUGAUAGCGGAGGGAUGAAACGCCCCCUACGAGCUUCCGCACGGACACGACGGGUGACUCGGCUCUCGUAACCGCGUCGAGAGUGUCCCGCGCGGGCCACUGACAAGCGAAGGACGUCGGAGGCUCGAUAUGCCCCGGCAGGUGACCGCUGCGUGAACCGGGAUGAGCGAGCGAGCCGAGAUGACGCGAGGGCCCGGAGCCCGUCAAAGGAGGACGACUAUUUCUGGCGGCGUCAAGCAGCAAGCCAACGGGGGCAAGUCGCACGGCGUCGGCGGCGAGAAAAAACAACCGCCGUGUUCCGGUAAGAAGGUUGAAGAGACCGCCAGGCGUCUUCAUAACAACAAUGGAAACCCGGGCCAGCAGAACACUGAGAAACACAACAAGCCGGGAAGUCCAGUGGACCAAAUCUGCGAGGGACUGAGCUGCCACGUCCAACAGGAGUCUCUUCUGAGCUCCGCCAGCGGCUACAGUAACUACAGAGGAAUCCUCAACUGGUGCGUUGUCAUGCUGGUCCUAAGUAAUGCACGACUUUUCUUGGAAAACAUCAUAAAGUACGGUAUCCUGGUAGACCCAAUACAGGUGGUGUCACUCUUCUUAAAAGACCCCUACAGUUGGCCGGCUGCUUGCCUCAUCAUUGCAUCUAACGUGUUCAUUUUGGCAGCCUUGUAUACGGAAAGACGUCUGGCUGUGGGAACAUUGUCAGAAAGCAUAGGCUUCAUUCUUCACAUAUUCAACUUGACAUCAUUGCUGAUUUUUCCCUCUGCAACAGUCCUCACGGUCAACUCCGUCACCCCUGUGGGCGGCGUCCUCUCCUUGGUGGUCUACACAGUGCUGUUCCUGAAGCUGUACUCCUACCAGGACACCAACAGAUGGUGCCGGGAGAUCAGACAAGCUAAAGCCAAGAAACUGACUCGCUCUUACUCUUGUCCGUCCGUGGCUCAGUCCAAUGGCUCGGCGAUGCACACCAAUGUCUCCUACCCUGGGAAUCUCACCCACAGAGACAUGUACUACUUCGUGUUUGCGCCGACGCUAUGCUACCAGCUCAACUUCCCACGCUCGCCCCGGAUACGCAAGGGCUUCCUCCUGAGGAGGCUUUUUGAAAUGGUUUUCUUCAUGCAACUGCUGGUAGGCUUAAUACAGCAGUGGAUGGUUCCGACCAUUCAGAACUCCAUGAAGCCGUUCCAGGAAAUGGACUUUUCGAGAAUGGUGGAGCGUCUGCUCAAGUUGGCUGUCCCCAACCACUUGAUCUGGUUAAUUUUUUUCUACUGGUUCUUCCACUCAUCCAUGAACUUCGUGGCUGAGCUGCUGCAGUUUGGGGACCGAGAGUUCUACAGGGACUGGUGGAACUCUGAGACCGUCACCUACUUCUGGGCCAACUGGAACAUCCCGGUACACAAGUGGUGCCUGAGACAUUUCUACAAGCCAAUGCUGAGGAAAGGUGUCAACAAGCUGGUGGCCCAAAGCGCCGUCUUUCUCCUGUCGGCCUUCUUCCAUGAGUAUUUGGUGAGCGUCCCUCUGAAGAUGUUCCGACUUUGGGCCUUCAUGGGCAUGAUGGCUCAGGUCCCCCUGGCUUGGUUCGUGGGUCGUUUCCUGAACGGCAUCUACGGCAACGCUGCGGUGUGGAUGUCGCUGAUCAUCGGCCAACCGGUGGCCGUGCUGAUGUACGUGCACGACUACUACGUCAUCCACUACAGCACAUAGCGCGGACCGAAGCCACCCGGUGGUCCCGUGAUCAAACCAAUGGCCAAAGAUGGUAAACGUGUGGACCGAAGGGUGAAAUGUAAUAAGCGGAACAUUUUCCAGACGACAAACAAUGCAAGCUUCGAAGUAAACUUUGUAAUAACACAUGAGUGCUGUUUGUGUUGCCUUUUUGGUUUUGCUUGUCACCUCUGCAAUAAUGUGCUAUCCUUUCAUUUCAAUCAACAAUAUUGGGGGGUUGUUUUAUUGAUUUGCACUUUACAGAGAUGCAUGUUCUCGAAUAUUUCGAUGAUUGUUUUUUUUUUCCUUUUUAAGUGUUAUUCUCUUUACACACUAAAUCAAUGUUUCCCAACCUUUAUUGAGCCAAUGCACUUAUUUUAUAUUAAACGAGCACAUACACUAUAUUUGCAUAGAGAAAGGAACUCAAAAACAUUAUUCGUAAUGAAUAAAUUGUUUUCUGAGCAUUUCAGCAAAGUUGGCUCAUUUUGGCACUGUGGUGUUGGGAAUCAUUGAAAUAAACAAUUUGAGUUGUUUUUUUUUAUUGAAUUGAGGUCUUCUUUGAUCCUAAACAUUUCAGGGGAUGUCAGUAUAAAUUUAUAAAGCUGCAAGGCUGGCAUUCAUUCAUAAUUCAAGAAAAAAAAACUGCCUGCUUGUUUUAAAGUUGGAAAAGAGGCCAAAAUAAUACAUUUGUUGCACCCAUGGAGCUGUAAUACCCACUGUAAAGUUUAUCUCAUGACUUAUGCACAAACAAGAACAUGUAGCUUGGUUAUACUGCCUUUUAAAAAUCUUGUCAUGAAGAUGUGUGUGAAUGUUUUGUGUUCAGGCCAAAGUAAAAUCGAAACCUUUGGUAA